GGCCCGCCCCGGCGCCGGGCGGCGGCAGCGGCGGCAGCGCGUGUUCGCCAUGCCGAAGGCCAAGGGGAAGACCCGGCGGCACAAAUACUCCUACAACCUCAACCGCAAGCGCCUGUACCGCAGCGCCCGCCGCCGCGCCGCGCCGCGCAUCGCAUGCCCGCACAUCCGCCAUGCCUGGGACCCCGCGAAAUCCGUGGCGCAGAACCUGUCUGACAUGGGCCUGGCCGAGGAUCCCAACAAGGCCCUCCCCAUCCCAAGGAAGCUGCGGGAGGCAGGAGUGGAAAGCACUCGACGGGAGCAAGCGCAGAACCUAGUGCGGAAGCCUUACGUGGUGAACGAGAUGGAAUAUGAGGCUAGUCUCCCCGAGAAGAAGUCCAACACCCUGUCACGAGACCUCAUUGACUACGUGCGGUACAUGAUCCAGAACCACGGGGAGAACUACAAGGAAAUGGCUCGAGAUGAGAAGAACUACUACCAGGAUACUCCCAAGCAGAUUAAGAGAAAGAUCAACGUGUACAAGAAUUUCUACCCUGAGGAGUACAAGGAUUUCGUUGCAUCACUCAAGCAGGAGAAGAUGGACGUGCAGUGACUGCCCUUUGUUCUCAAGGCUGCCUGCAAGUGCAGGUGUGAUGUGACCAUCUUCUGAACCGAGCAGGGGCUGACGGGCAGGUGACAGUCGCUCACAGGCUCAGUGCCUGCCAAGCCAGCUAUGCAAAGCCUCUGGCGAUGGAGGAAGGGCCUUCAUUAGACAGAGGGAGUUACAACCAGGCAUGAAAGGCUCUUGCAGUGGCUUCUGGUAUUUGGGGCUGAAUGUGCUGUGUGGCAGACAGCACUUCUUUUGCCUGGUUGAAAUAAAUGACUCCUUCAAGCUGG